AUGGGUAGUCGAGAUUUGAGGCGCUACGACGAAUUUGGGAUUGAGCGCCCGUCUAUUCAGGGGCAUACGAUACCGAGGAUACGAGCUCCCGGCGGCACCUCGGAUAGCCCCUUGUCGACGCUUUCAACUGUGAGAGUUCCGCAUAUUCCAAGGGUCGCCCUCCCUUAUGCUCAUGCCACACCGCUUGGCCGUGAUGAUGGAAUUCCACCCACACCGCCGCCGACUCAGAGGCCACUGAUCGAGCAGCAACGGGGAAGUCGCGCUUCAAAGGUGGUCGUCGUCCAAAACCCAAUGAUUGUUGACCCCAUCUUGAACGACGAGACCCUGUAUCGACUGGCCCUCUUCCGAAACCCAGCACUUGGGCUUCAGCGUUGCGCCUUUGUCCUGCAAAAGUUCCCGGCGCUGGUGAUGAUGUUCGUGUCGGCGUGGGUGUUGUGGGGUCGUGGCUUCGAGCAGAAGCGCAUCAGCAACGAGGGGUCAGCCAGCAUGUUUUCAUUCGUUACCGGGGCUUUCGUGCUGGCCUCUAUCUUAUUUGGCUCGGCGGAUCACAACAAUUCCUACACGAGGGCAAAGAUUAUGACAAAUAUUCGACAUAUCCUCGCGCUUGUCGGUGGGCUGGCUUCGAUUGCGGCAUUGAUUUUGUCGGCCUCGAGUAUACAUCCGCUUGAUAAUGAGAAAAACGCACAGCCCACUGGAGCGCCGUCAAACGUUACCGACCCAGCGUUCGACUAUCGGGACCGGAUCAAUAAUCAGGCAGUUCUCGUCGGAGCAACAGCUCUCGUCAUCUUACUUUCAGUAAUCGCGCUUGUGUUGGGGAUUAUUGGGUUGACUCAAAUGGAAAAACGUCUAAAAGAGGAGAAGCGCCGUCGCCGCAACGUUGUCAGCUACGAUAACCCAGCCAUUUCCUAU